AUGGGGCAAAUAUAAUAGAUAUGUGCAAAAAAUAUUUCAAAUUGUGAUUCAUCAAUUACAGAUUUAAAAGAACGUACAAUUAAGAGAGAGUACUUGAAAAAUAAAAGGUCUAAGAAAACUUAUGAAUAGUAGUGUGCAGUGAUAACGGAAACUAUAUAAGAACUUAAAUUAUAACUCCCUUAAGAUGAAGAUAAAUAGAAUUAAGAUGUAGAAACGAAUAUCAGUAUAGUUGAUUCAUUCUACAAGUAAGAAACAAGAAAUCUAUCUCAAAGGGAACUAGAUGAAAUAACUGAUUAAAAUGUAAAUAACAAAUCUGAUGGAAUUAAAAAUAGAUCAAAAAGUCUAUUUAUUCACAAUAUUCUCCCAGAAAUACCACCUAAGAGCAUUCUAAAAAAUAGAGAAGCGCUUUAGGAUUAGUAAAAAAGAAAUUUGUAAUAACAAAAAAGAGUUAGGUUUUCAGAAAAAGUAUUUUAAAAGAAUAAAUUAUUACCAAAGUAAACUGGAUACAAGAUUGUGUCAUAUAUUUGA